AGCCCCGGCAGCUUGCCCCUCCGGCUCCGCCUUUCCCUUCCUCCCCCUUCCCCGGCCGGGCCGGGCCGAGGCGGCGGCGGGGUGUCGGCCAUGGCGGGCCCACCGCCGCCUGCCGUUACGCGGCAGGUGGGCAGCGCGCGGGGCGGUGGGCAGCGGCGGCAGCUCCCGGGGGAGCUGAGGGAGGCCGCCCGCUGCCCGGUGGUGGACGCGGACGGGAGGACCGUCCCCUUCGAGGCCCUGUACGGGGAGCAAAAAGCCAUCGUGGUGUUCGUGCGGAAUUUUUUAUGUUACACCUGUAAGGAGUAUGUAGAAGACCUGGCAAAAGUCCCCAAGGCGUUUUUAGAAGAAGCAAAUGUGAGGCUUAUAGUUAUCGGACAGUCAUCUUACCACCACAUCAAGCCCUUUUGCAGUUUAACUGGGUAUACCCAUGAAAUGUAUGUAGAUCCACAAAGGGAAAUUUAUAAAACACUUGGCAUGAAAAGAGGUGAAGGUAAUAACGUAUCAGUGCGGAGCCCUCAUGUGAAAUCAAACACAUUCCUGGGAAGUAUCAGGAGUGUGUGGAGAGCAAUGACUGGCCCGGCUUUUGAUUUUCAAGGAGAUCCCGCUCAGCAGGGAGGAGCUUUGAUUUUAGGCCCAGGUAAUGAAGUUCAUUUUUUGCAUCUUGAUAAAAACAGGCUGGAUCAUGUACCCAUUAACACAGUUUUGCAGCUGGCAGGAGUUAAAACAGUAAAUUUCACGAACAAACCCCAGAUUAUUGAUGUAUGACGCUGACACAGUAUGUAAUUUUUUUAAUUUGUGCUCUACAAGGACAAUUCUCAAGCGAAUUCCCACCAGCAUUGGCACUGUUGUGUCAUUAUGGGACAUCUGAAGCCCUUUGUAGAAAUUUAGAACAGAGUAAACUACUUGGCACUGAAGAUGGGCACAAAAGUGCAAUUUCCACUGUGUGUAAGAUAACAAAAAUGAAAACACAACUGAGGCUUAUUGCAAAAAGUUCUGUAGCUCAUUAUUUCCUCAUCAAUCUUGCUAAUAGAUUUUAAAAACCUGUGUUCAAGACAUACUUAAGUAAAAAAUCUGGGUUUGCUCAGGAAGAACUUGGGAUUCUUGCUUUCAAUCCAAUACUUCUCAUCGAUGUUUUAAAGCUUCCAGCACUGUGUGCCGAUCUUGCAUUAAAAAAUACCUUGAAAAAUCCCACUUCAAAACACUGGGAGUAAGCUUAUGCCUACUUUUGCAUCUGGCACUGGUAGACAUUAUGAAAUGCAUUUUAUAGUUUUAAAUAAAUAUUUUAAAUAUGU